GUCUGUUUUUAAUUUUCGGGAAAGUAAAGAAAUCGUUAGGACUUAGAUCGGGACUAUAUGGAGGAUGGUCCAAUAAUUCCACGUUCUCUUCCGUUAAAUACUGCCUUUUUUUGGGCUAUGUGCGAGCUUGCAUUGUCUUGGUGGAGGAUGAUGCUUCUUUCGGGGUUGAUUUUUCGAAGCUCGGUGAUGACUUUUGGCAAACAAAUGGUGGUAUACCAAUCCGCAGUAACAGUUAUUUGCUCGUUAAGAGGAAUUGUUGCAAUAUGACCCGCUUUUGACACAAAUGUCGCGACCAUCUUUUGUUGGCUUUUCUUCACCUUGGAACACCCAAACAGC